AUGACCAGUUCUCCAACACAUCAAGUUGUGCACGAAGCCAACAACAUCAAGAAACAAGAAACUCCAAAAGAAUUUUUCGAAAGACAGCCACGCCAAGGGCACAUUACUUCGUUAGAACAAUACCAAGAAUUAUACGAGAAGUCAAUUAACGACCCAGAAACCUUUUUUGGUGAGUUUGGUAAGGAAUUGUUGCACUGGGACAGAGACUUCGAAAGAGUCAAGUCUGGAUCUUUGUUGCAUGGCGAUGCAGCAUGGUUUAUUGGAGGUCAAUUGAACGCAUGUUACAACUGUGUUGAUAGACAUGCAUUCGCUACUCCAAACAAGCCAGCUAUUAUCUACGAAGCUGAUGAAGAAAAGGACUCUAAGAUCUUGACUUUCGCCGAAUUGUUGAGAGAAGUCUGCCAAGUUGCAGGUGUCUUACAAAGCUGGGGUAUUAAGAAAGGCGACACUGUUGCCAUUUAUAUGCCAAUGAACUCGCAAGCGAUCAUUGCUAUGUUGGCUGUUGCUAGAUUGGGUGCUAUCCACUCUGUUAUUUUCGCUGGUUUUUCUUCUGGUUCCAUUAAGGACAGAGUUAACGAUGCAUCUUGUAAGGCUUUGAUCACCUGUGACGAAGGUCGUCGUGGUGGAAAGACCAUUAACAUCAAGAAAUUGUGUGACGAGGCUUUAUUGAACUGUCCAUCCAUUGAAAAGGUUCUUGUUUACGAAAGAACCGGUAAUAAGGAAGUUACCUUAAAGGAAGGCCGUGAUUACUGGUGGUCUGAAGAAACCCAAAAGUUUGCAGGCUACUUACCUCCAGUUCCAGUUAACUCCGAAGAUCCAUUAUUCUUGUUAUACACCUCAGGUUCUACUGGUACUCCAAAGGGUGUUGUUCACUCUACUGCUGGUUACUUAUUAGGAGCUGCCUUAACUACUAAAUACGUAUUUGAUAUCCACCCAGAAGAUGUCUUAUUCACUGCUGGUGAUGUUGGUUGGAUUACUGGACACACCUACGCGUUAUAUGGUCCAUUAUCUCUUGGUGUGCCAACUGUCGUUUUUGAAGGUACCCCAGCUUUCCCAGAUUACGGUAGAUUAUGGCAAAUUGUUGAAAAACAUAAGGCCACUCACUUCUAUGUUGCUCCAACCGCCUUAAGAUUAUUAAGAAAGUCUGGUGAACAAGAAAUUGAGAAAUACGAUUUAUCUUCUUUAAGAACUUUGGGAUCUGUUGGUGAACCUAUUUCUCCAGAUAUCUGGGAAUGGUACAACGAAAAAGUUGGUAAGGGCCAAUGCCAUGUCACUGAUACUUAUUGGCAAACGGAAUCUGGAUCGCACUUCAUUGCUCCAAUUGCAGGUGUCGUUCCAAACAAACCUGGUUCUGCUGCUGUACCAUUCUUUGGUAUCCAAACCUGUCUUAUUGAUCCAGUCAGUGGUAUCGAAAUUCAAGGGAACGACGUCGAAGGUGUUUUAGCCGUCAAAGAUACCUGGCCAUCCAUGGCCAGAUCGGUCUACAAGAACCAUACCAAAUAUAUGGACACCUACUUGAACCCAUACCCAGGAUAUUACUUCACGGGUGAUGGUGCCGCAAGGGAUCAUGAUGGAUACUACUGGAUCCGUGGUAGAGUUGAUGACGUUGUUAAUGUUUCUGGUCACAGGUUAUCGACUGCUGAGAUCGAAGCUGCUUUAAUUGAACAUAAUGCAAUUUCUGAAGCUGCCGUUGUCGGUAUGAAUGACGACUUAACGGGUCAAACUGUUGUUGCUUUUGUUGCAUUGAAGGAACACCUUAUCGCUAACCUUAAAGCCGACGAAUCCCCAGAAGAAGCCUUGAAAUUGAAGAAAGAAAUGAUCUUACAAGUCAGAACUCAAAUUGGUCCAUUUGCUGCUCCAAAGUCUGUUAUUAUUGUAGAGGAUUUACCAAAGACUAGAUCUGGUAAGAUCAUGAGAAGAAUCUUAAGAAAGAUCGCAGCCGGUGAAGCUGAUCAAUUAGGUGAUAUUACCACUUUAUCUAACCCGCAAUCUGUUGCUGGUAUUAUUGGCUCUUUUGAUAGCCAAUUUGGUAAGAAGUAG